AGGCACACAGCUCAGAUGUGUCUCCAGCCUGUGCCCACACUCUGGUGCCUCUCUCAGAAGCAGCUCCAGUAAUUGUCACGUUUAGUAAGAUCAGAUGGCAGAGGGUGGAGUUAAUGGUUGCAUUGAGGAGAGGACACAAGCCUGUUUACCUGCUGCUAGAUCUGCUCCAGCAGCCACAACAUUCCUGAGCCAUAGAUGAGAGGAUGCCUCCCAGCCUGCACACAUUGCACUUGCUGCUUGCCAUCUAAUAGGAAGCUUUGGGAUUCUUUGCCUUCUGCAAGCUGCUGCUGCUGCUGCUUCCUCCAUUCCUCACAUAUGUUGAUGUCUUUCAUGUGAUCGGAUUUCAGCAACCUAAUCCUCUUGUACUGGGAGAGAACACUAGCCUUGAGUGAGUGCACUCUUGCAUUUAAUAAUGAAGCCCUCUGCUGCAGGCUGUGGUGGGGAUGAGGGGUACUGCUCCUGCUGACUAUGGGAUCUCCUCCUGGCUGCUGCCCACUUCUCAAGGAUAAUCUCUGGAUGAAUUGGAAAGACCCUCAGCACCUGCAUUUGUAUUAGCAGAGUCCCCGUGUAUGGUUACUUACUGGGUUAUUAUGCUAUCUAUGGAAUACUGUCAGCUGUAACCUCAUAUACAGAUUGGCCCCGAGUGUCGUUUGACAGAAAAUGAUACUGAAGCUCUGGAACUGGAUAACUUUUGCAAUCGUGUUAGGAAAUUACAUCAAAUGCAAUUGGGCACAGAGUGAUGAAGACUGGCAAUAUGAGGAUUGUGAACUGGCAAGGCCUGGUCCACCAGCAACUAUAGUUGCUAUAGAUGAAGAAAGCAGGAACGGUACAAUAAUUGUGGACAAUAUGCAAAUCAAAGGGACAGCUGGAGGCCUUUCUCCUACUAUACAACUUACCUUGAUAGAGAAUGCGGAUUUCUGGGUUAUACUAGAUCCCAUAAAACAAAUAUUAUAUCUCAACAGCACUGGGAGAGUCUUGGACAGAGAUCCACCAAUGUCCAUUUGGACCUUCGGUGUCAAAAUUCAGUGUACAAAUUUAAAGGUUGGCAAUGUCAUUACCCAUGUAGUACGAGUAGUCGUGAGGGACCGGAAUGAUAAUUCACCGCGAUUUAUGCAAAGCAGUUACUACACAACAGUCAAUGAGUUAACACCAGUUGGGACCACAAUUUUUACUGGCUUUUCAACUAAUGGUGCUACAGACAUAGAUGACGGUCCUAAUGGUCAAAUUGAAUAUUUUAUAACCUUCAGCCCCAAUGAUACAACGUCAAACCAGACAUUUGACAUCCCACUUACCUUGUCUGGAGCAGUGGUAUUACGCCGAAGGUUGAAUUAUGAAGAAAAAAAACGAUAUUUUGUCACAGUCCAAGCAAAUGACCGUCCCCUCAAUCCCAACGAAAGAAGAACAAGUACAACUACUUUAAUCGUUGAUGUCCUUGAUGGUGACGACCUUGGUCCUCGGUUUCUUCCUUGUAAUCCUGUACCAAACACUCCAGACUGUAAGCCAUUAACCUACAGAGCAAGCUUGCCAGAACUCAGCCCUCCAGAAAGAGUGAAUCCAGUUAAUGUUACACCACCUAUAAGAGCAGAAGAUCAAGACACAGAUAUACUACCAAUCUCUGACCGUCCUGGAAUACUGUUUUCCAUUCUUGUGGGCACUCCUGAGGAUUAUGCACAGUAUUUUCAUAUGAAUCGCACUACGGCUGUGCUUACACUUCUAAAGCCAGUAAAUAGAGAUUUGCACCAGAAAUUUGAUUUGGUGAUUAAGGCAGAGCAAGACAAUGGUCACCCACUCCCAGCAUUUGCCAGUCUUCAUAUUGACAUCUUGGAUGAGAACAACCAAGCUCCGUAUUUCACUUUUUCCACAUACCAGGGUUAUAUCUUGGAGUCUUCACCUGUUGGAACAACUAUCUCAGAAAAUCAGAACUUGACUGCUCCACUGGGAUUUGUAGCUCUGGACAAUGACAUUGAAGAACUCGCUCCAGGCACUAUUCCAACAAAAGACCCUCAACUCUACCUAUAUUUAACAGGCUACAGUACAGUAUUUGCAGUAACUCAGACCGGAAUUACUCGCCAUCUCACGUUGCUUCAACCAGUUGACCGUGAACGUCAGCAACUCUAUCAGUUUUCACUAGUGGCUUCAGAUGGUACCCAAGAAAGUUAUCCUGUCAAUGUGGACAUCAUAGUGAUUGAUGCCAAUGACAACACUCCAACAUUUUCCAACAUUUCUUAUAACAUCAAGAUCUACACAGACAUGACACCUGGGGACAGCAUAAUAAAACUUACAGCUGUUGAUGCAGAUGAAGGUGUUAAUGGUCAAAUUACAUACGAAAUCCUUGCUGGAGCUCAGGGGAAGUUUGUCAUUAACAGCAAGAUGGGGGUCAUCACCAUUACUCCAGGUGUCACUCUGACUGUGGGGGAGUCAUUUGCCCUAACUGUUAAAGCUUCUGACAAUGCUCCAAUAGCACAAAGAAGGAGCUCCAUUACUACUGUUUACAUUGAAGUUCUUCCACCGAACAAUCAGAGUCCUCCGCGCUUUGCACAAUUGAUGUAUAACCUUGAAGUCAGUGAAGCAAUGCGUAUAGGAGCUAUUCUUCUGAAUCUACAGGCUACGGAUAGAGAGGGAGAUCCUAUUAAAUAUUUAAUAGAAAACGGGGAUCCUCAAAGAGUCUUUAACAUAUCUGUCAGCUCCGGACUUUUAAUCUUGGCAAAACCUUUAGACAGAGAAAGUACAGACCGCUACAUUUUAAUAGUGACAGCAUCAGAUGGCCGGCCUGAUGGUACAUCAACUGCUACUGUUAAUGUGCUGGUGACGGAUGUGAAUGACAAUAACCCAGUCUUUGAUCCUUACUUGCCUAGAAAUCUAUCAGUUCCAGAAGAAGAAGUGAAUGCUUAUGUGGGCCAAGUCAGAGCAACAGAUCCUGAUGCUGGAGUCAAUGGUCAAGUUCGUUACAGCCUGGCAAACCUCAAUAAUGUUUUCCGGAUCACAUCCAAUGGUAGUAUUUAUACAUCUGUAAAGCUGGACAGAGAAACAAGAGACUAUUAUGAACUCAUUGUCGAGGCAACAGAUGGAGCCCCCACUGACUCUCGCCGUUCUUCUAUAACACUGGCUAUAAAGGUUACUGAUAUUGACGACAAUAGCCCUGUAUUUACAAAUUCCUCUUAUGCAGUCUCCGUACCUGAGAAUAUGAUACCAGGAACAGUUUUUCUACAAGUUCAGGCAAAGGAUGCUGAUCUCGGUGCUAAUGUUACUUAUCGGAUAAGAUCCCAGGAAGUUUUGCAGCUUUUUCAAAUGAACUCGUCAACUGGAGAGCUAUCUCUUCUGAAACCACUUGACUACGAAUCAUUCACGGGCAAAGAGGCCGUAUAUGUAUUUCUUGUUGAGGCUUUUGAUGCCAUGGGAAGCAUGCCUCCUGGAAUUGCUACUGUAACAGUGAGAGUAAAGGAUAUGAAUGACUUCUCACCUGUAUUUACCAAAACUAUCUACUGGGGAAUGGUGGCUCCAGAUGCCCUUAGGGGCACAGUUAUUGUUACAGUCACUGCUGAAGAUCGUGAUCCUCCAGGCACGGCUGCAAGUCAUGUCAGAUACAAGGUGGAUGUGUCCCAGUUUCCAUAUAGUGCUAGUAUAUUUGAUGUAGAAGAGAACUCUGGUCGUGUUGUAACAAGGGUUAAUCUUAAUGAAGACCCUAGCACAAUAUUCAGGCUGGUUGUGAUAGCUUAUGAUGAUGGCGACCCUGUGAAAUCUAAUAGCACAAUGGUAGUAAUAACAGUUCUGCAGCCAUCUGUAAUCCCAAGGUUCACGCAAGAAGAAUACAGGCCACCUCCAGUGAGUGAACUUGCACCAAUCGGUACAACAGUUACUGUGGUAAUGGCUGCAGCCUUAAAUCAGACUAUUGUGUAUUCUAUUGUCUCAGGGAAUGAUCAAGGUCUAUUUGCCAUUGAUAACAUCACAGGGGUUAUCUCUGUCAUAAAGUCACUGGACUAUGAAAAUACUACAAGCUAUGAACUCAGAAUUCAAGCCGAUUCUAUGCAAGUGGCUAGAUUUAAUCUACGAGCAGCUUCUAAAAGUAAUACAGCUAUAGUAUACAUUGAAGUGCAGGAUGAAAAUGAUCAUGCCCCACUAUUUUCAAAAAAGCUCUAUCUGGGAGGAGUGUCAGAAGAUGCCAGGAUGUUUGCGUCAGUGCUUAAAGUCAAGACUACGGAUAGAGACACUGGGAACUUCAGCAGCAAUAGAUAUAAAUUGAAUGUGCCCCCAAUUAAGGAUGGGAAAGAAGGCUUUGUUAUCGAAUUCUACUCUGGGGUCAUCAAGACGGCAAUGCUCUUCAAGAACAUGAGAAGAUCGUAUUUCAAAUUUGAAGUUGUUGCAACAGAUGACUAUGGAAAGGGCUUAAGCAGCAAGGCUGAUGUCAUUGUUUCUGUGGUCAACCAGCUGGAUAUGCAAGUUAUCGUUUCUAAUGUUCCUCCUACAGUUGUGGAAGAAAAUAUAGAAAAUCUUAUAAGCAUUUUAGAGCGUUACGUCCAGGACCAAAUCCCAGGAGCAGCAGUUGUUGUGGAAUCAAUUGGAGCCAGAAGAUAUGGAGAUGGUUUUUCAGAAGAGGACUACACUCAGUGCGACCUAAUGGUUUAUGCUGUUGAUCCACAAACAAACAGAGCUAUAUCCCGCAAUGAACUUUUUAAAUUUUUAGAUGGCAAAGUUCUUGACAUAAAUAAAGAGUUCCAGAACCACAUUGGCCUUGGAGGACGUAUUUUAGAGAUUCGGACCCCCGAUGUGGUAGCCAAUGUUAAGAAGCAAGCUCAAGCUGUAGGCUACACGGAGGGAGCUUUGCUUGCACUGGCUAUUAUAAUCAUCCUCUGCUGUAUUCCAGCUAUAUUAAUCGUGAUGGUCAGCUACAAACAGUUUAAAGAGAGGCAAGCUGAAUGUGCAAAGACAGCAAGGAUCCAGAUGGCAUUACCAGCAGGAAAACCAUCAACUCCUGCCGCCAAUAAUCUGUAUGAAGAGUUGGGUGACAGCACUAUGUAUGAACUGCCACAAUAUGGAAGUCGACGGCGGUUAUUAUCACCAGCUGGCAUGUAUGAAGACUAUGGAGAAGCUGUUGUUGACCCUGAUGGUGGAUUUUACUACAGUCCACACAGACCUUCAGCAGAGGGAGAUGGAAGAAUGCGUGGCAGACCUACCCCAAGGAGCAUUAGAGGGCAGGGCCCAGGCAGGGGAAGUAUUGCAGGCAGGCCUGGUCCAUCCAGAGGUGGUAUGCAAGUAGUUAGAAGCAGUCAAGGAAGGAAAAAAUUAAAAGCAGUUAUGCAGCUAAGUCGAGUGGCUGUCAGUGCUCAGAAAGCCAGUGAGACUGCAGAAGGUACCCAUCGGUCUGCUUGGAAAAAAGCUAGAAUAUUUCCAAUGAUUCUCCAGAAAGUAAAAGGUAGCGGAAAAGAUUCCACAUAUGCCAAGUUGGUCUCUGCACGACAAGUAGAAGGUGAUGAUAGUGUUGUCAUUAAAGGAAGUUAUUUCCAAAAAUCAACUGAUUCAGUCUCAAGAAAAAUUGAUCGAGCCAUAAAACGCAUUGCUGUAGCCAAGAAGCUUCACCCUCGUCGAAAGUCAGUAGUUUCAUCAACCAAAACUUCCACUGCCGGGAGUGAAAAAGAUGAAGAUGAUUCAGAUGUAAGUGAAUCUGAAAGGGAUGAAAGUAAAUCUGGCAUUUCGAUAAACGUAACUGCAGACAGUGAAUCUGAAGAAAGUGAAGAUUCAGAAGAAGAUGAAGACAAAACAUCCUCAAAACCAUCAGAUGAAACAUCCAGACGGAGCAGCACCUCUCCAUCACAGGAGGAUAAAGAUUAUUUGAAGGUGACCUUGGACCACGAUGAUGCAAAUGAAAGUACAGUAGAUUCUGAUGAAGAAAGAGAUGAAAAUUUAGAGUCAGAAGAUGAUGAACAAUCCAUUUCUAAAUCCCUAGCUAGUAAGCAGGAAUCUGAAGAGGAGGAUUCUGAAGAGGAAAGUGAAAAACUCAGUUCCCAUGAGGACGUAUCAGCUUCUGAGGCAGAGUCAAAAUCAUCCUUGAGAAGUUCUGACAAAAAAUCUGAAGUAAGUGGAGAAUCUGAAGAAAAGAGUGAACAAGAGAGUUCAAAGUCAAGCUACAGAUCCAAGAAAUCAGUUGAUAGUGAAAUACAAAGCACUAUAGAAGAAGGUUCUGAAGAGGAGGAGUCAGAAGAAGAAGAAAAAGAUUAUGCCAGCAAAUCAAGUGGUGCUGACAGCGAAGAGGAUGCAGAUGAUGUCAGUGAAGCAUCUGCGUCAAAAAGUGAAAAAAGCUAUAGCCGGAGCAGUCAACAAACUGAUGUACAGAGUACUGCAGAAAGUGAUGAAGAGGAGGGAGAUAAUGAUGUUAGCCAGGAAAUAUCAUCCAUUGGUAAUCAAAGUCAUACCUCUUCAGUGAGCCAAGAGGAGGACAAUGUUUCUCAGGCUUCACAGGGUUCAGAAAUCCAAAACUCAAGUAAAAAAGCGUCUUCUGAUCAGUCAGAUGCACAAGAUACUGGUCAUGGAUCUGGCUCAGAAGCUUCUGAUUCUGAGGCUGCAGGGGACUCUACAUCCUUUUGAAAGUGGACAGUAGGUAGACCCAACAAAAAUUUUGUUUGCAGUGCAUCUGUGUGAUUCUGAUACCUGUUUUUCACAUUCUUCCGUGGUGUUUUUUUUAGCUAAGCAUCUAAAUCUACACAGAAAGACUAUAAUACUAGUAACUUCUUUCUCGAACUACUGGCUUUCAUCUCUAUUUUAUCUAUGUUGGUGGUUUCUGGAUUGUGAUCUUUAUUAUAUGGCUUUAUCAGCAACUAUGCAUGUCACCUUUUUAGAUCAGUAUGGUAAAUUGACCAAAAAAUGCUUAUGUUGUAAUAUACUGUAGCCUAUUGGUUGAAUGGGAGAGUACAAUACUCUUUUUUUUAGGGGCAUAGAUAGGCGAUGGCUGAUGGGGCAUGUGCAAGUGUUGGCUGCUUUGUCCCAGCUAAAAAAAAGCCUAGCUAUUUUUGUUAACUAGAUCAUUAUCAUCUAGAUUAUCAUUUAAACACAAUGGGGGAGAUUUAUCAAAGCUGUCUAUGUCCUGCAUCAAUAUAGACCAAACUACAGAGCAUUAGGCCGGUCUAUUGUGCACCUAAUUUAUCAAAAGUCUUACGGCUCUUUAUAAAUUCUGCGCACAGACUUUGGGAUCUAUGCUUUACACUGUAUUUAAACCUGCUCCAGCAUGGUCUGACAUUUCAGCGUACUUUAAGCCGAUGCGACUUGUUGCCGAAAAGUCGCUUUUGAUAAAUUCAGCACCAAUGCAUUUUUUUUUUAUCUAAAAUAGAUUAGAAUGCAUCAUGUUCUAAAUGUCCUCUAAAGCAAAAGUUGCAAAAAAGUCACACAUAUUUAGACUGUUACUUAUUGUGCGACAAAUUUAGUCUAAAUCCUUUGAUAAAUCUUCCCCAAUGUUCUUGUGUAUAAAUGAUUUAUUUGUCUUAUGAAACAUAUCUAUUUCUUUUUUGUUCUGUAACAAUUUAGUAAGCCCUCUUUAUGUCCUAUGGCUUUCUGUUCGGCUUUCAUAUGUAUCUUUAUAGGAAGACUACAAAAGUUUAUUCGGUAUUGUCAUUCUCUCAUUCCCUUCUUUAUCUGUUCUUUUCCACUUCGUAACUAAACAGUUCACUGCUCCAAUGCACUGUUUCAGCUCCUCUAAUCUACUUAUUUUCCACACCAUUGAAGAUUCAGAGCAUUCCCUUCUAACCUGUAUGCUAGAUGAAUCUAAUGGAAACCUUGCUUGCCUUGACCCCAUACUCUGGAAGACAUGAGUUGUUAGAGCGUGAUACCCAUUUCUUCUCAGUUUACAUUCUGUGUGCAAUGAAGGAUGCUACUCUUCUACACUUUUAUAAGUCUUUUCUUGCAUUACUUAUUCUUGAUUUAAUCAUACUUAAAUAUAUUUACAAUUAUACAAUAUAAAACUAUGGGAUACUUACAAACUUUGCAGAUUGCUG